AUGGCUCUUCAUUAUUUUAGAAUUCUUAUGAUAUUACUCUCAUUCAAAAUCACCAUAUCAUAUAAAAUCCAAGCAUCAUUUGUUUUUGGAGAUUCUUUACUUGAUGUUGGAAACAACAAUUACAUUACUUCACUUGCCAAAGCAAAUAAUUACCCUUAUGGAAUUGAUUUUGGCAAACCAACAGGUCGUUUUUGCAAUGGAAGAACCGUUGUGGAUGUUAUAGAGCAAAAAUUGGGUCUAGGGUUUACUCCUCCUUACUUGUCUCCUAAUACUUCUGGAAUGGUGAUUCUAAAAGGUGUUAAUUAUGCUUCUGCUGCAGCUGGAAUUCUCAAUUACACUGGUCAUGUUUUUGUUGGUCGAAUUAACUUCGACGCACAGAUUGAUAACUUUGCAAAUACAAGACAAGAAAUCAUAACAAAAAUUGGUGUUCCUGCAGCUCUCAAAUUGCUUAACAAUGCUCUCUUCACGGUAGCGUUUGGUUCAAAUGAUUUCCUUGAUAAUUAUUUGUCACCUCCACCAAUUCCAAAUUUUCAGUUUUUGUCUCCACAAUCAUUUGUGGCCAUCAUGAUAUCAACUUUCAGAGUACAAUUAACUAGGUUGUUCAAUCUUGGAGCAAGAAAGAUUCUUGUGGUAAAUGUUGGGCCUAUUGGGUGUAUACCAUAUAUUAGAGAUUCAAACCCAUUUUCUGGAGACAAAUGUGUCACAUUCCCUAAUCAACUAGCUCACUUAUUUAACACUCAAUUGAAAACCCUUGUUGAAGAAUUGAGAACAAUUUUGAAAGGUUCAUUAUUUGUUUAUGGAGAUGCUUACCACAUUAUGGAAGAUAUCAGGAUGAAUUACUCUAAAUAUGGUUUCAAGAAUCCAAAUUCUGCAUGUUGUCACCUAGUUGGUCGAUUUGGAGGGGUGAUUGCAUGUGGUGGUUAUUCAAUAGUUUGUGAAGAUAGAUCAAAGUAUAUUUUUUGGGAUACUUUUCAUCCUAGCGAUGCUGCCAAUGUUAUCAUUGCUAAACGUUUAUUAAAUGGUGAUAUUAAUGAUGUUUCGCCUACUAAUGUUUGGCAACUCUUGCAAGGUUGA